AUGCCGUCGAACCGGCCUCCGAAGACUGUCAGGUCUAUUAUCAAGGCCGCGACCGCCAUCCACAGGUUCUGGCCGAGCCGCCACAACAGCUUUAAGGCAGCUCAGCACCGGCGCUACCACUGCGCCAGAUUAGUGUGUCAUUCCAGCCGCGCCGCUACCAAGGUCUCCCGCCUGCGACACCUGAAGAUCUACUGGGGCACACUGUUGAACCACCUCGUGGUGCAGCCAGUCACCACCGGCGCCGGGAAUGGGAAACGCCGCAGGCGCAAGAAGACUGCAACCCGGAAAUGGCUGGGCCGCAGGAAGAGAGGGAAGCUCAGCAGGAGGAAAGUCCGCAGCAAGAUUACGGUCCGUAUCGACUUCUACACCUCCAUCACCAGGGCUCGGUUUGAGGAGCUGAAUGCUGACCUGUUCAGAGGGACUCUGGAACCAGUGGAGAAAGCUCUGAGAGAUGCCAAGUUGGACAAGUCACAGAUCCAUGACAUUGUCUUGGUUGGGGGUUCCACCCGCAUCCCCAAGAUUCAGAAACUGCUGCAAGAUUUCUUCAGUGGCAAGGAGCUGAACAAGAGCAUCAAUCCUGAUGAGGCUGUGGCCUAUGGGGCAGCUGUUCAAGCAGCUAUUCUGAUGGGGGACAAGUCAGAGAAUGUUCAGGAUCUACUUCUCCUGGAUGUCGCUGCCCUGUCUCUGGGUCUCGAGACAGCAGGAGGUGUCAUGACUGCACUCAUCAAGCGCAACACCACCAUUCCCACCAAGCAGACCCAGAUCUUCAGCACCUACUCUGAUAACCAGCCUGGUGUCCUUAUUCAGGUGUAUGAAGGGGAGCGAGCCAUGACCAAGGACAACAAUCUCCUGGGUAAAUUUGAGUUGAGUGGCAUUGCUCCUGCCCCUCGUGGUGUGCCUCAGAUUGAGGUCACCUUUGAUAUCGAUGCCAAUGGCAUUUUGAAUGUCUCUGCUGUUGAUAAGAGCACUGGCAAAUCGAACAAGAUCACCAUCAGCAAUGACAAGGGCAGGCUGAGUAAGGAGGAGAUUGAGAGGAUGGUGCAGGAUGCGGAAAAGUACAAGAAUGAGGAUGAAGCCCAGCGGGAAAGGAUCGGAGCCAAGAACAGUUUGGAGUCCUACGCCUUCAACAUGAAGAGCACAGUGGAGGAUGAGAAUGUGAAAACUAAGAUCAGUGAGGGAGACCGGAAGAAAAUUCUUGAGCAAUGUAACCAGGCAAUCCUGUGGCUGGAGAACAACCAGAUGGCAGACAAGGAGGAGUUUGAGUACCAGCUGAAAGAACUGGAAAAGCUGUGCUGUCCCAUCAUUGCCAACUUGUACCAAGGAGGAGCAGCAGCAGCAGGGGGUUCUUGCAGAGCCCAGGCUGGAUGUGCCACUUCCACAGGACCAACAGUGGAGGAGAUGGAUUAAAGGACUGGAAAGUCAGAGCCUCCGCAAUCCAGGACUGAACUUUAGACUGGGACUUGGUUAGCACCAAGAUAUCUCUCUUUCAGUGACUGGGAGAGGAGAGGGUUGCUGCAGAAAUUACUGCCACCUAUAACAGUUAUGAUGUCACUGAUCUUGGACCCUAUUGACAUUUGCAGUUUUUAUUACUUUUGUUGAAAUAAUUUUCUGAAUCAUGUGAAAGAAGAUGAAUGUGUUUGCCAUCUUGUUGUAUUUGUUUGAUAUGAAAUAGUUCUUAAUGUACAGAAAAGUAUUUAUUUUUGUUUACAACUGCUC